AUGCCUUAUGCCGCCUCAGAUAACCAGGCAAACCACGAGGGUCGGUCAGAAAACCGACCCCCAGCAAAGAGGCCUCGUGUUUCGCCAUCUCCUCGCCCUACAUCACAAGGCCAAAUGUCCGCGAGUUCAGGUACAGAAUCGGUUGCCGCGUCGGUCGCCUCGCCAUCCAUCAUCUCCAACUUCUCUUGGGACGUGGACCCCUACGAUCUGAGCCGUAGCUUGACCCUCGACUACGUGGAUACGUACUUUCAGCACGUCGACGGCGUGACGUAUCAUAUUCUCCCCAAAGAUCUUUUCCGACACUGGAUUUGCAACUGCCACACCAAGUCACUGGCUGAUAAGAUGUUGCUGUAUGCCAUUCUGGCAAUGGGAACGGUAUUUGCACCCUCACGACCGUUUUCGAAGCACCAUCAAGACGUGUUUCUCGAGAUUGUCAACAGGGCCAUGAUCAAGAAUGGCGACAUGUUCAGCCUACAGCUGAUUCAGACCAAAUUAAUCCUGGCUCUCUUCGCAUUUUCCCAAGGCCAAUACAACCGGGCAAGUGAUCAUUGUGGUUCCGCUGUGCGGACCGCCUUUGGGUUGAGAUACCACACUGAGGAGGGAGUCUCAACGAUGGAAGAUCGGUAUGCAUUGGACUUCGGUUUUUCUCGCCAGAUGUUGGUGGAAUGCCGACGCCGGACCUUCUGGGCAGCCUACCUGAUGGACAGCUUUAGUUGUUGUUGGUCUGCUUCUGUCACGACUGUCAAUCGCUCUGAUUGCCACGUGCGCUUACCAUGUGCUGAGGCCGCCUAUGAGGCCGGGCAUGUUCCUCUGGCCCCGUUCGUUCUCGAAUUAUCCAAGAACAACGAGGAUAGUCAACCUUCGACCCCACACGAAUCAUCCGAUGUCGGCUCUUUUGGCUACCUGGUGGAGAUCGCGGGUAUCUUCAGUGAGGUGAUGAGCACCGCCAGCAGAGGUAAAUCGCAGUCUCCGGCGAAGGAUCGGUUGACGGCAGACGUGUUCCGUAAGGACAUUCAAAGUCGGCUCAAGGCGUGGGACCACCUCAUGAGGAGACAUAACCGCCAAGGUCGAGAAGGCCGAGACGGACGAGAUAGAGACGGCGGCUUCCACAUUCUUUAUCAUUACACCGCCCUCAUCCUCAACCGGUACAUUCCUUAUCUGGAGAUGGAUCAGCUCCGGAUUGGCGUGUGUGCAGCGCGAGUACACGAGCACGCCAGUGCCAUCCUGAAAUUAGUGCAGAGACUACGUGAGCACGGCGGUAGCGAGCACGGCGGUAGCAAGCACGACUCCUCGUUUGGAUUCGCGAUGUCGAGCCCUUUCAGCGGCUUCGCCAUAACAGCCGCAUUGGAUGUCGUCACCUCGGCCGGGUUAGUAUCGAGUCUGAUGGGCUAUCAGAGCGAUAUCAUGGCUUGGAUGGGGAGCGUAUUCCCGGUUCUGGAAAGUUUGAAGGAUUAUUGGCACAGUGCUUCUCAACAGCAGGAGAUGGUUGACCAGAGGUUGAGGGCUCUUCUGGAGGUAUCCAAAAAGGCCUCAGAAUUCAAUGGCGCAUAUUAUUUUGCGCAGCCCCUGCAAAGUCGCAUUACCUUGGAUCACGAUGUCACCUACGGGCUCCCCAGACGCAAAUACUUUGAGAUCAUGGGGUGGGACGACAGAAUUGAUACUGACGGAGAAUUCCAGCAACUGGAUUAG